ACCUCCUGCACCGUGUGAUCUCACGGGGCGUUGGCUGGUGAAACCUUGAAGUUUCUGAAAUAAUCUCUUCUUCUUCCUCUUUUUCCCUUUGUUCUUCACAUUUAUUUAGUUUUAAUUCUAAAAUGUUGAUAAGAAGCACAUGUAUAGGAGUACCCUGGAGAGUGCUUUCUUGCAUUGCUCUUGUUGUGUUUUUUUGUAGCACUGAGAUAACUAAGGCUCAAGAUUAUGACUCCCCCGAUACACCGGCGGCACCACCGCCUGAGCAAGGAAAAUGUGAUGGCAUUUUUGUCACAUAUAAUUUUAUGGGGCGAGAGAAAAUUUAUCCAUUGGUGAAGAACACAUCCGCACAGGCGUGGUCGUUUAAAGCAAUGGCGACGGUGUUGAAUGCAGGGGCUUAUGAGCUGAAAUCAUGGAAGAUUUUCAUUGGCUUUCAACAUGAAGAGCUGCUGGUUUCGGUUGAUGGGGCGGUGGUUGUGAACGGAGAUGGAGAUGGAUUUCCAAUUAAGGUUGGAAAGAAUGGGACCCUCUUCGCCGGAUUUCCACAGUCGGAUCUGGAAACUGCCAUUGACACUGCUGGGGAUUAUACUCAAAUGAUGGUGCAAGUCAAUAUUAAAGGAACACUUUUUGGGGUGAAGCCUUCCGCCACGCCGAUGCCUAAGACAAUAAAGCUUGUCAAUGAUGGAUAUAAAUGUCCUGGAGCUAUGCGUCGAGGAAGCUACAUGCAUGUCUGCUGUAAAAGGGAUCCAAAAUUCAAGGCUAAGAAGAUCAAAACCAAGUUCAUGCCUCGCCAAUACGGUGAUCUCUCCUUCACAUACGACAUUCUUCAGGCAAACGAAAACAAAUACAUGGCACAGGUCACCAUUGACAACAAUCAUCCACUUGGUCGUCUUGAUCAAUGGAACUUAACUUGGGAGUGGAUGAGAAAUGAAUUCAUUAACAGCAUGAAGGGAGCCUACACUCACAGAAAAGAUCCUUCAGAUUGCAUUUAUGGUGCACAGGGACAAUACUACCAGGAUUUCGAUUUCUCGACUGUAAUGAAUUGCCAGAAAAAGCCGAUUAUCUCCGACCUACCUCCUGAGAGAGAAAACGAUGACAAGGUUGGGAAAUUGCCCUAUUGCUGUAAGAAUGGCACCCUUUUGCCAAAUACUAUGAAUGAAACCAAGGCAAGAGCUAUUUUUCAGUUAGAAGUUUUCAAGCUUCCGCCUGAUAUGAACAGGACUGCACUUUAUCCACCCCAGAAUUGGAAAAUUGAAGGUGUACUGAAUCCAACUUACAAAUGUGGCCCUCCUUUCAGGGUAGAUCCAACCGGGUUUCCAGAUCCCAGUGGACUUGAUGCAACGACUUCUGCAGUUGCAAGUUGGCAAGUUUCUUGCAAUAUAACACAUCCCAAGCCGAAGCAGGCAAAAUGCUGCGUAUCUUUCUCGGCUUAUUAUGCUGAUUCUGUUGUACCCUGCAACACCUGCGCGUGUGGCUGUGAUGAUGACACUUGGUGCAACCAAAAUGCCGCACCAUUGCCUUUGCCUCCAGAUGCUCUUCUUGUGCCUUUUGCUAAUAGGACGAAGAAAGCAGUAGCUUGGGCUCAUCUGAAACACCACAAACUGCCAGUAAAACUGCCGUGCCCUGACAAUUGUGGGGUGAGCAUCAACUGGCAUCUUGACACUGAUUACAAAACUGGAUGGACAGCAAGAAUCACACUCUUUAACUGGGAUAAAAUUCCGUUUGUUGAUUGGUUCACAGCAUUCCAGUUUAAGAAGGCAUUUCCGGGAUACGAGAAAGUUUACUCUUUCAAUGGAACCAAAUUGACUCGGCCUAAUAACACCAUCUUCGUGGAAGGCUUACCGGGUUUGAAUUACCUGGUAGGAGAGGUAAAUGGGACACACCCGGAGAGAGAUCCCAGAGUUCCCGGAAAACAGCAAUCUGUUAUUUCAUUCUUGAAAAAAAACACACCCCAUAUAAAAGUGGCACAAGGUGAUGGAUUCCCUUCAAAAGUGUUCUUCAAUGGUGAAGAGUGUGCUCUUCCAAAUAAACUUCCCGUAAGAAGUGGUGCCACCCGAUCCCCCAAUGGUGUGCUCCCAGCGAUUUUUCUUUCUGCUGCUACUUUUCUGCUGUUAUCGGGUCGCUUAAACUGAGAACACAAUUUCAGAAUUUUCUUAAAUCUUCCUGGAUACAAGAUUUGAGAAAUGAAAAUUAAUCCUUUUAAGGUUGAUAAAGAACAAAGAUAUUUUGUUAUCAGAAUUCCUUUCUCAGUCCUGGAAAAUAGAUCGGAAUUGAUGUGCUUCAUAUGAUAACAAAAAAGAGGGAAUGCAACAAAGAUUAUUGAAGACUGGUUCUUAUCCGACAAGCAGAUGAAGGGAUUGUAACAAGUUUGAGAAGUACAGGAAUUUGUUUUUUUUCUAUAAAUAAUUAUAUUAAUUUAGCUAUUAUUACAAAUUAACUUUGGAUGUUUUAGCAUGUUAGUAAUGAGAGUUUAUUGUUUAGGAUCUUUUAUCACACAAUGCUGUUGUUAAUUUUCUGCAUAAUUCUAUCUGGAUUCGAGAACUUUAGUUGGACUUGAACAUUCUUCAUUAUUAGAACUUAGAAAGUAGGUGCUUAUUUGGAAUCAAAUC